AUGCGAGAGCCUAUGCCAAUGGACGGUGUGGAUGAAGAUUUGGUCAAAUUUUAUAAAUCUUUGAGGUUUAGCUAUGAUAGAAUGGCGAGUGAAAAAGCCAAGAGAUUGUUCCUCUUAUGUUCGAUGUUCCUAGAAGAUAAAGAACUUUCUAUUGAAAUUUUAACCAAACUUGGCAUAGGAGCGGGCCUUUUUGGGGAAAUUGAUGGAAAAUACAAUGAUGCUCGAAGCCAAGUAGUUGUAGCCAAAAAUAAACUCAUAGAUUCUUGUUUAUUGUUGAAGGCUGAUGAAGGACGUGUGAAAAUGCAUGACUUUGUUCGUGAAGUGGCCCAAUGGAUAGAUAACAACAAGAUUCAAACAGUGAAUCUAUCUAAGGAAGGUCAAAAGCCACGGGUUGAAGAGGAUAUAAAAUAUUUACUCUUGAAGGGCAGAGACAAGGAUUUGUUUUCAUGUAGUUUUGAUCGUUCCAAACUUCAGAUUCUAAUUGUCCACUGGGAUAGAGGCAUGGAUGGAGAUGACUUAAUGGAUGUCCCAAAUUCAUUCUUCCAAAAUAUGACAGAGCUUCGAGUCUUGCGUUUAUCAUCCAAGCCAUGGGGAAUAGGGCGUCUAUCAUUGCCAGAGUCAUUCGAGUCAUUGAAUAUUCGAUCUCUUAUUUUUAAAAGAUUGAGAAUAAGUGACAUCUCUAUUCUGGGAAAACUACAAAACCUUGAGGCUCUUGAUUUGGUUUAUUGUGAAGUGGUCGAAUUGCCACGUGAAAUUGCGGAGUUGGAGAAACUUAGAUUGCUAAACUUGGAUCAGUGUGAAAUUGAAAGGAAUAAUGCAUUUGAAGUGAUUGAAAGAUGCAAAUCUUUAGAAGAAUUGUAUUUCAAUGAAUUCAAGAUUGAUAACACAACAGUUCAUAAGAAAAUAACCUUGCCUUCAUUGCAAAGGUAUGAUAUAAGAGAUGAGUAUGAUUACGAAACAUACAAUUCAAUGUCAAAAUAUGUGUGUGUUUCAAAUAUUGAUACUUAUUUCUGUGAAGCAACAUUCAAGUAUUUGGCGAAAACAUCAGAGGUUCUUAAGCUAGAGGGAUUUGAGGGGGGGUGGAGUAAUCUCAUACCUGAGAUUGUUGACGAAGGUAUGAAAGAUCUAGUGAAGCUUUGUUUGCAAUCUUGGUCAAAAUUACAGUGUCUAAUAGACACUAGUCAUAUUAAUUCUCCGGAACGGAACUUCUUCUCCAAGUUGGCUGUACUUGAACUUGAUAAGAUGGAAAAUUUGAAAGAACUAUGCAAUGGUCCCUUUCCCUCUGACUUUCUGAAGAAUUUAGAGACACUAAGUAUCAAAGAAUGUCAAGGUUUGCGAAGCAUAUUGUUUAAGAGCAAGCUAAACCUCUCCAAUCUUAAGUUCAUCCGACUGAAGGAUUGCCCGAAGUUGGUAACCCUAUUUCAACUGUCGACUUCUCAAAGCCUAGUGCAUUUGGAGGAAUUGUGUAUACGCAACUGUCGGCAGCUGGAAAACAUAAUAGCAGAUGAAAGAGCAGGGGAGGAAUUGAGAGAAGAAAUAGUUGAUGGCGAUCAAGAUGAGAAGAGAAGAAAGAGUCGCUGCUCAAUGUUUCCAAAUUUGAAAGCUCUUUAUAUAGAUGAUUGUCCCCGAUUGGAAUUUAUACUUCUGGUCCUUUUUGCUCAAGACCUUCCUCUACUGAAAACUGUCUCUAUAAAAGACUGUGGUGAGCUGAAAUACAUAUUUGGAAAAUACCAACAUGAAAAUGAAGAGAUGGAUUUGCAUCAAGAGGUAAAAGAUGUCGUACUUCGUUCCCUAGACAAACUGCUGCUCUAUCGCUUGCCGAAUUUCAUUGACAUUUUUCCAGAAUGUGAUCAUCCCAAGUUUUCGUCCGUGAAGAGGUCAUCUUCCAAGUCAGAAAUGCAAUUGGAGCCCAUGAAAUGCAAUAUCUUCCCGUGGACUCAUAAAUAUAGACACAAAUGGAGGAGUUCCACAAGUGCUCAAAUCCCAUCGCAUCACUGCUCAGCCUCAUCGGUAACCCUCUCAGCUUCUUGUGGUAUCUUUUGUUACUUUCUCCUUUUGAUAGAUAGCAGGUACCUUGUAUUUAUAGUCGACGAGCAUAUUAAACAUCCCAACUUUUAA